GGGGGCAAAAAGCUUUCAGACCUUCUUACUCCACCAGAAGAAAAAAGGAAACCAGGAAGCUACCACCCCCAUUUCCUCCCCUUUGCAUGUCACUCCUAACGUUACAGUAGGGUUGUGUGCCUGCAACUGGGACAGCCAUGGAGAAAAGUGGGAACAUUCAGCUGGAGAUUCCUGACUUCAGCAACUCUGUCCUGAGCCACCUGAACCAGUUACGCAUGCAGGGCCGCCUGUGUGACAUCGUGGUCAACGUGCAGGGCCAAGCUUUCCGCGCUCACAAGGUGGUGCUAGCUGCCAGCUCGCCCUACUUCCGCGACCACAUGUCCUUGAACGAAAUGAGCACCGUGUCCAUUUCUGUCAUCAAGAACCCUUCUGUGUUCGAGCAGCUCCUUUCCUUCUGUUACACCGGUCGGAUAUGUCUGCAGCUGGCCGACAUCAUCAGUUACCUAACAGCUGCCAGUUUCUUGCAGAUGCAGCACAUCAUAGACAAAUGCACGCAGAUUCUUGAGGGAAUACACUUCAAGAUCAACGUGGCAGAAGUGGAAGCAGAAUUGAGCCAGACCAGGACAAAGCACCAGGAGAGGCCGCCGGAGUCUCACCGGGUGACGCCAAAUCUGAACCGCUCUCUGAGCCCGCGUCACAACACCCCAAAGGGCAGUCGGCUGGGCCAGGUGAGCACAGUGCUGGACAUUCGUGAGCUCAGCCCACCCGAGGAGUCCACCAGCCCCCAGAUAAUUGAGCAGAGUUCGGAUGUAGAAAGCAGGGAGCCCAUACUGCGGAUUAACAGAGCAGGACAGUGGUACGUUGAGACGGGACUAGGAGAGCGUGGGGGACAGAACGACGAUGACGUCCGGCUGCUGGGAGGAGUGCGCAUUAAAACGGAGAACCUGGAGGAGUGGCUCGGGGCAGAGCAUCAGCCAUCAGGAGAAGAUGGGAGCAGCGCUGAGGAGGUCACUGCCAUGGUGAUAGACACCACGGGCCAGGGAUCCAUGUGCCAAGAGGCUUACGCGCUGGGGUCCUCUGGGGCCAAAGUGGCCAGGCCGACCAGCAGUGAGAUUGACAGAUUUAGCCCUUCUGGCAGCAUGGGUGCUGUGACUGAGCGGUACAGAUCAAAAAGCGAGUCUCCCGGGCGGAUGGAUGAGCCCAAGCAGCCCAGUUCCCAGGGGGAGGAAUCGGCCAUGCUGGGAGUGAGCGGUUACGUGGAGUACCUGCGGGAGCAGGAGGUCUCGGAGCGCUGGUUCCGCUACAACCCGCGCCUCACUUGCAUUUACUGUGCCAAAUCCUUCAACCAGAAAGGCAGCCUGGACCGGCACAUGCGCCUGCACAUGGGCAUCACGCCCUUCGUCUGCCGCAUGUGCGGCAAGAAGUACACCCGCAAGGAUCAGCUGGAGUACCACAUCCGCAAGCACACGGGCAACAAGCCCUUCCACUGCCACGUCUGCGGCAAGAGCUUCCCGUUCCAGGCCAUCCUCAACCAGCACUUUCGCAAGAACCACCCUGGCUGCAUGCCUCUGGAGGGGCCCCACAGCAUCUCCCCUGAGACCACUGUCACAUCUCGGGGGCAGGCAGAGGAGGAGUCUCCUCCGCAGGAGGAGGCUGUCGCUGUGGGCGAGACGGCACAGGGAUCUGUGUCCACCACUGGGCCGGAUUGAGGCACGGCCGCAGAGUCUGGGCAGAAAGGACCAUCUUCCCGGUUCAGCUCUCGAGGGUCAGCACCAACCUGGCAGGCUGGUACUGUAAUUUGUGCAAUGCCACCACCGGACAGAAAGAAGCUCCCAAGAUGUUGCCAAAAUAGAAAUAUCUUUCUCUCUCGCUCAGUUUCUCUCGCCCUCACCGCCCCCCACACACACGUAGAGUGUUAAACGUUUUUCUCCCUUACUCCUCCUCCUCAGGGAGAGAAACCAAACAACUGUGUCAAUCAGCUUCUUAUUCAGGGAUCGACAGGAUUUUACCUUUUGUACCGUGCCGUAGCGACCUGGGGCGAGCAGCCUUUUGUAUUUCCUGAUGGGCUUCUGUCCCUGCAGACCUGGCAGCCUGGCGGGCAGGGCUGCUCCUCACCACACCUGCUGGUCCAGCUCCGGCAGAGAGCAAGGGCGAGGGGCCAUUGCCUUCCUCCGUUCCCCAGGUGGCUGCCACCAUGAAAACAAACAGACUGUCCUGGUGGAACCUGCCUUGCCUGGGUGUAUUUAUCCCUGUCUUACUUUUUGGUGUGUCUCUUUUUACAUUUUUACUGAGAACCGUUGUUUUGGGGGCGUUUGGCUUGCCCCGUUCCAGGCGCGUGGCCUCAACGCCCCUCCUUAGAAGCAGGCACGGCUAUGAAGUGUCCGUUCUAGAGGUCAGCAAAAUUCCAAGCACUUCAGCUGCUUGGAAGUGAAAUUUAGCAGCUGCGAGGUCCACGUUAGACUCUGAUGUGUUGGGAGAAGGGUUGGAGAGGUCUUUUGGAGGAGGUUGUCCUUAACUGUUGCUGAUCUGGAGAGUUCAGAGCACCCCGAUGUCCUGCCCGGCGCGCUGCCGCGCUUUGGGUGCUGCCGAGCGUUAGGAAGAGCUCUUCUGGACUGGCUGAAUUGCAGAGUUAGAGGCUGGCUACCAAAGUCGUCCUUCACCCCUGCUCCCCCACCCCCUCAACACACACUUGAUCUUUUUAUAACAGCAAUAUGGUAAAACUGAGAUGCUAUCGUCCCAGCCCAGCAACCAGGGGUGGUUGCUUUUAAACUUCUUUCUACAAACAACUUUGAUAACUUUUUUUUAACCGCUGAAAUGCAAAAAAACAAACCCCAACCCCCAAACCCUACUUUGAUUUCCUUGUCACAGUUCAGGAAACUGCCAAGCAAAUGGUUCCUAGAGAGCAAUCACAACUCUGUCCCAUUGCAUGGACUUCAACUUUUGUAUUCUGAGCGGCUCUGAUGCUGAGAGCGAGUUUAGCAGAGCCGGAGAGACGCGGCUGCCUUGUGUUUUGUAGGUGUCUGCACGUGUUUCCUCGGUGGGAAAAGCAUGGGACAGGUAGAUAAGUGCAAAUAUCUUCACAUCUUCUGAAGAAGUCUUCUGAAAAAAAAAAGAAAUAUGCAAUACUUCAGAGUUUUCUCUGGUUCUGAUGCCAAGUUGUUCCUGACGGAGGGAGGAAAAUGAGCGACAGGUGGGGCUUUGGAUGAGUUGAAGGCGUUCUCUUGGGGAUGUGCAACGUGUACUAUAAGGAAGGGUGAAGUUCUGAUCCUGAAGGUGAUGGGAGGAACAAGGAGACACUGAAAAGAGGAGCAUCCUUCCAUCUUGCUUUGGCAAAGCAAGUUGGGUGAGUGGUUAGAGCAUGAGAAGAAAGCCUUUCCCACGGUCUGACUGCACAGCUGGGGGCACACAGAAACCUCUCCAGCCCUUGCUUUCCACACCUCCAGGCUGGCACUUGGGGUCAUUUUCCUGCCCCUUCAGAGAGGAAGGGUGAGGCAUUCUUGCCUCAUAUAUAGUAUAUCUUUAUAUAAAGAUAUAUAGCUUUAUAUACAAGAUAUAUAGCUUUGUAUCUUUUUUCUCUUUGGUAGGUGAGGAGUCUCACUGUUCCUCCCACAUCCCUCUCAAAAAACAGAUGUGGCUCUAAUGUUUUUGUCUGUGGGGAGAAGGGAAAGGCUUGGUGCCAGGAUCUCGUGUAACAGGGACGUGCUCCUAAGAGGAACCUUUGCAGAUGUUCCGAGCCAGGCACCCGCAGAGUACGAUUUCAGUGUCCAUUUCAAAGAGGAAAGCUGGUAUUUCA